GCUGCCGGCUUUACCGGGCCACGCACACCCGGUAAGGGUGGGGAAAAACAUCGCGGGUCCUCCUGCCGCAAGGGGCGCCGCGGAUAAGGCUACGGGGAGCGGGGAGACGAGGAGGAGGAGGAGCAGGAGACUGAGAUGGAGAAGGGGGAUGAGGAGAGCUGGAGAAAGGCCGUGAAAGGAGCCAGGGCCGGAUCCGUGCUGAGCUGCUCCGGCAGCUGCUGCUCCUCGCUGACCAUGGCUGUAAAAGACCCCACAGCUGUAGAAAGAGCAAAUUUAUUGAAUAUGGCUAAACUGAGCAUCAAGGGACUUAUUGAAUCUGCUUUGAGCUUUGGCCGAACUCUUGACUCUGAUUACCCACCUCUUCAGCAGUUUUUUGUUGUCAUGGAACACUGCCUGAAACAUGGCCUUAAAGUGAAAAAAUCUUUUCUGAGUUACAAUAAAACCAUUUGGGGUCCUUUGGAACUUGUGGAGAAGUUGUAUCCUGAAGCUGAGGAAAUCGCAGCUAGUGUUAGAGAUUUGCCUGGUUUGAAGACUUCAUUAGGCCGUGCUAGGGCUUGGUUACGAUUAGCACUCAUGCAAAAAAAGAUGGCUGACUAUCUGCGAUGUCUCAUCUUCCGUAAGGAUCUUCUUGGUGAAUUUUAUGAAUAUCAUGCACUGAUGAUGGAAGAAGAAGGAGCAGUUAUUGUUGGAUUGCUUGUUGGUUUAAAUGUAAUUGAUGCGAACCUAUGUGUAAAAGGAGAAGACUUGGAUUCACAGGUUGGUGUGAUUGAUUUCUCUAUGUAUUUAAAGAAUGAAGAUGAUAUUGAAAGCAAAGAAAGAAAUGACCAUAUUGCUACUAUAUUGGAUCAAAAGAAUUAUGUUGAAGAACUAAACAGGCAGCUGAAUAGCACAGUCAGCAGCCUCCAUACACGCGUUGAUUCUCUAGAGAAGUCAAACACUAAACUAAUUGAAGAGUUAGCAAUAGCAAAAAACAACAUCAUUAAACUUCAAGAAGAAAACCAUCAUUUAAGGAGUGAAAACACACUCAUUUUAAUGAAAACACAACAUCAUCUGGAGGUGAACAAAGUGGAUGCUGAUGCAGAACUUCAGACAUAUAAACACUCCAGACAAAGUCUGGAUGAAAUGUACAAUGAUGCACAUAGACAACUUCGAGAAGAAUCACAAUUAAGACAAGAUAUAGAAAAUGAACUAAUGGUUCAAGUUGGUAUGAAGCAUGAGAUAGAACUUGCCAUGAAGCUGUUGGAGAAAGAUAUACAUGAAAAGCAAGAUACACUUAUAAGUCUACGGCAACAGCUGGAAGAGGUCAAAGCAAUUAAUAUAGAAAUGUACCAAAAGCUGCAGGUUUCAGAUGAAGCCAUGAAAGAAAAGAAUGAAAUUAUUGGUCGACUGGAAGAUAAAACAAGUCAGAUUAAUACAACUAUGAAGCAGUUGGAACAAAGUGAUAAAGAAUUGUUAACGCAAACGAGGACGAUUGCCAUGUCCUUGGUGAAAUGUGCCAGUAGUGAAGGGCAACAACAGUACAAGCUUGUCAAAGAUAUAUCAUUUUGAAAACUACUUUAUGCCUCUUACAGUAUAUUAUGGAGGGAACAUUUGUAGGAAUUAUUUUUCAAAAACUAGCUUUUAAGCCACAAUGCUUGGAUGUCAGCUUUUGUCCCUGUGUUCUGGCUUAAGUGGGUUGUGAACCAGACUGUAAAUGUAGUAAAACCGUCUUGGCAUUUUAAUUUGUAAAUAUCUCUAUAACUUUGUUUUGCAGACAUGACAUUAAACCUUGGAAAUAUUAACAUAUUGGCUGGUAUUCAGGGACGGCAUUGUGCUAAAGGCAAAGUGGUUGCAUGUGUGCAGAGAGCACAAGGGUGAUAGCCAGUACUGGUUUUGUGGCACAAAAGGUGAUGCAGCCUUUGCAGUGUAGGGUGACCGAGCUUUCUGGGAUUUUCACUGUGCUAGCGUUUUGUUGGAUUUAGGCUAUUGUUCACCAAUUUUUAAAAACAGUAUAGUGCUACUAUUUUUGAAAUGUUAAAUCUGUAUUUAUUACAAAUUCAGCUAGCAUGAUUUUUAUUAUGGUUGAUGAUAUUUGUGGGUAAGAAGCAGAAUGUUUCAGGUAACUAAGUGGUGAGAUGUAUUGGAAAGCCAGAGUAAUAGCUUUUUCAUAACACAGGAUCUUUUUUAUUUUAAAGAUCUAAAGUAUGUCCUUUUUUAAUAUUCUUUUUGAAUGUACAACAGUAAUACUUGGCAAACAAAACAUAUAUCCAGCUUUUCUGCUUAAGAAACAGAGACUGACAUUUGAAAUCUGUCUCACCUUGAGCUGAACAUGCAAGGAAACCUAAAUUAAAAUGGGUGGCCAUGAUGUGCCCAAGAAGGUCUUUAUGCAGUGAAAGAGCAUCUGCUUCCCAUACUAGACAAGGAAAGAGGAGCUUACAGCAAUCAAAUUGUUCAUAUUUUCCUAUCACUUUACUGUUCAUGGAAUAUAAUAGAAUUAUUUAGUUGUAUUCUGAUGCAAGCCUUGAAAAGUUACAUGUUUCUUCUUUGUGGUCUCUGUGAAUGCACACGGAUGGGUUAAACUGCGCCUGCACAGGACUCUUUGGAAUAGAGCUUAAAUAACUGACCAAUAGAACGUUUCCCAUGGUGUGCAUGCCCCGCCUGCCUGUGGUACCUCAGUUCCUUUUUGCUGCUGCUGAAAUCGGACUCCUUCGCAACGCCUCAAGCUGUUUUCAAUUCGUUUAAAUUUUCUGGUUUUGAUCUCGGCCUGUUUUCUUGACUACGGUUUUUCUUAUCUGGAGUAUUUCGACUUGGACUGACCUGAUUUUGGAUUCUCGCAUUUUGAAUUGGCUGCCGUUAUUGUGUCUUUUUUUUUGCUUUUGGACUGGUUACCAUUUGUGAUUUGGAUUACGGAAUUGGACUUGAUACUUGGAUCUUUAUCUUCUUGGCUUGACUCCUUGUUUUUUGAUCCUGGACUACUAUUGUUAACGUUUCCUGUGAGUCUUUUUCCUUUCCACCAUAUUUCCUUGUUCCUGCCAAAUUUUAUGGCCUCUUCAGGCCUGUUCAAACGCUGUACAUCGUAUGCUAACAAGAUUCCUUUUAUGGAUGGCCACAACCACUGUUUUUUCUGUUUGGGGGAAAGAUACCAGCCCAAUUCUUGCCAAGAGUGUAAAAAGUUAACCAAGACCACCCUGAAGCUCCACUUACAGCGACUCUGUAUCUUUGGGAGAAGUCGUUAACACCAUCGAGCUUGACAUCCAUGGAAACUACCAUGCCUCCUGCUCCUCCCGCUCCUCAUCCUGAUCCUGCUGCCUCGCCAGUGCCUGCUUCCCCUUCUUCGAGAGCUUCUUUGAAGGUGUCCAAGUCGAAGAAGUCUUCGACAUUGGGGUCGGCAUUGACAUUGAAGUCACCAUCUGUUAUAGAUCACAAGAAAAGAGGGACGUAGUUAAAAAUAAAAAAGGCCAAACAGCCUUCUCAGUCUUUUCAACUGAAGGAACUUCCUCCAGUUCAAGUCACCCUGCCCUCGCCAAUACUCGAGGAAUCUUUCAGGGAGCUUCAUGAUCCCGAAUUGCUUUCUGAAGGGGAUGGCUUUGUACUGCAGCCACAGACACAGGCUUCGGUAUCGAUUCCAAGCCUGUCUCCAAGUCAUGGGUAUUCUGAUGUAAUCUCCAGCCCGGCCUCGGCCCAUUCUAGCCCUAUGUCAAUUGGGUGGGCAACAGUGAUUCAGCUGUCAAACUUCGAGGUGUCACCACAACAAUCCUCUCUGCAUAAGCGUCUGGUAACACAUCGGCAUGUUUCUCCAUGCCGACAACUCCCUCAGCAUCAGGAGGUUAUAGUUCUUCUGCGUCCAUCUUGGCAGCAUGCUUUCACUGACUAUGAAGAGCCACUUUAUGUGGAAAUUGAUCGGCGUGGCGGUCGACGUCGGUAUCAUGGGGACGAUCUUGAUCCCUUUUACGACACCGAUGAUUAUGUCAGGCCCAAGAGGGUACGAUAUGUCUAUGCUUUCCCGUCUGGUUCAUCUCCAUCGCCUUCACCGCCUCGACGUCGGCAUCAAGCUUAUCUCCAACUUGACCCUAUGGACUCAGUCUGUUAAUAAAUGCCAUUUACCACAGCAGGAUCCGAAAUCAUCACGUCCUGCUCCAUCGUUCUCGGGCUCCAUUGAUACAGUCACCCUUGGUAUCCCAUCCGAAAGCAUCUCACGUUCAGUGAUCUCACCCGGCUGCAUCUUCUAGAACUGCUUAUCCACCUGGCAUUGAGACCUCUGCACCGAUUUCCUGAGCCCCAGCCUCCAUAUCGAGAUCUCAUCCUCGUUCACCUUCACUGCCUCUGUCUCUUAGUAAAAGAUCCAGAGUUUCUUUGGUCUCUGAGCAGGACUCCUCUUCGGAGACUUCUGGGGAAUCCCCCUCAAAUUUACCUACACCGGAUUUGGAUGUCGCUGAUAUCCAUCCCCCAUCUCUCUCUGAAGACUUUAUGUCAUAUUCUCAGUUAAUUCUACUCAUGGCCAAAUCACUGGAACGUGAUAUAGACCAACCUCCUCCUCCCAAGCAGGACCUUGUUUUUUAUUAUAUAAACCAAGAAAAAUCUCCACCUUUGAGUUUGGCUUUUAUUUCAGCUAUGUUGGACCUAAUUAAAGACUCGUGGAAUCAACCAUCUACAUUUCUUCAGAUCUCUAGACGUGUUGAAAACUAUUACAGGACACAUGACAACGACACAACCUUCCUCAAUAAACAUCCUGCACCGAAUUCCAUUAUAGUGCAGUCUAGUUCAUCAAGGAUGGAAAAUCGUUCUAAGGUCUACCAAUAGAGAAGGCCGCAAACUAGAUGUACUGGGCCGUCGCCUAUACUCUCUGGCUUCAUUUGUGAUGAGAGUUUCUAACUACCAGGCAGCUAUCGGUGCCUGUCAGAGGCAAUUGUGGAAUACGUUUUUGCCAGUUCUUCAAGCUGUUCCUGAAGAAACUAGGACGGCUGCUCUCAACGUUCACCUGGAAGCGACGACACUAGCUGAACAACGUUUGGCAUCAUGUCUUACAGCGGAUGCAGCGUCGAAGGCAAUAACAUUGGCCAUUGCUCUCAGGAGGCACGCUUGGCUGCAUUCAGCAGGCAUCAAUGAUGAUGCUAGGUCCCAUAUUGAAGAGCUUCUGUUUGAUGGCAUUGGACUAUUUAACGAGAAAACGGAUGAGGUGAUGGACAAUUUACAUAAGAUCUGUAAGACAGCUUGCUCUUAUUAUGUCCAGCAACCCAGAUACCAACGUUAUCAGUGGCGCAAACCUUUCAUCUCACAACAACCUUAUCACCAAGAGUAUCGCCCGUACAAACUUCCUGCUCAAGAAAUAUUGAAUCCUGUUGCAUCUUCCUCUGCUACCACCUCUUUCUGAGCACAGGCUUCUGGUCAGCGUCAACAAACUUUCCAUUGCCCUGCCAAGAAGAAUAAACAAUAUCUUUGACUGUUUCUGCUGAACCCGUCUAUUGAUCUAUCCCACCUUCCCCGGCUAGCCCCCUUCUUCAACAAGUGGUCUAUCAUCACCAAAGAUUCUUGGGUGCUCACCAUCAUACGUUUUGGUUACCUGUUAGAGUUCUCAGAUCUUCCUCCUCUUGGUCGCCUCAAGAUCACGGCUUACUCACCUGCUCUAGAAAAAGAAAUCUCUGUUCUUAUCCAGAAGCAUGCUAUUCAACACGCUUCUUCUCAAGUAACACUGGACGGCUUCUAUUCCUGAUAUUUUACAGUUCCCAAAAAGGAUGGCAGAUUGCAAUCAAUCUUAGAUCUCAGGUUUCUCAAUACUUACCUUCGUCCAAGGUGUUUCCAAAUGGUCACCUUAGAAUCAAUCUUCUGCUUCUUUCUCCAGGCAAUUGGUUUGUGGUUACAGGACACUUACUUUCAUAUUUUUAUCCAUGAGCGUCAUUGCAAAUAUCUCCAAUUCGUCUUCAUGGAGUUUGUGUACCAGUUUUGCGCCCUUCUGUUCAGGCUUGCCAUCACCCCAAGUACCUUCAAAAAGUGUCUAGCUCCAAUAGCAGCCUACCUGCGUCUGAACAAUAUAAUGCUCUUUCUAUAUAUAGACGACUGGUUGUUCGUCACUGGCUCUUACGCCAAGGCACAAGAGGACACAGGUUUUACUUUACAAACUCUGACAGAUCUAGGCCUUCAGGUCAACUUUGUGAAGUCCCAUCUUCAACCAUCUCAGAUCAUGGACUACAUUGGCAUGGUUCUGGACUCCAACAGAGCUAGGGUCUUCCUCCCUCCCUUCUGAGAGGAUUUACAAAUUGAAUCGUGCUAUUUGUCCGUUCCGCCAAUACGCCUGAGUUUCGGCUCAUCACACGUAACAUAUUUUAGGCCUUAUGGCUUCCACCACGUCUGCUCUUCCUCAUGCUCGAUUGAAGAUGCACUCCCUGCAGGUGUGGUACCUGUCUCAAUUCAAUCUGUUAUUAGGCAACCCUGCCAAACGUCUGUGUGACUCCAGAAUUAUCAUGUCAACUGACGUGGUGGACUUUCAUGCCGCAUCUUCUAAUUGGUCAACCCUUCAGGCCCCUUCAACUGACAAUACAGAUCAUGAUAGACGCCAGCACAACAGGUUAGGGUGCGCAUUGUGGCACUCACAAGAUCCAUGCCCUGUGGUCCAGCUCAGAGAAACUGCUACAUAUCAAUCUUCUAGAACUGUUGGCAGUAAUCAAGGUUCUUUGCACUUUCUAUCCUCUAGUGGUAGGUUGCGGAGUGCAAGUGGCUAUGGACAACAUGACCAUUCUGUAUUAUAUAAACAAACAGGGAAGCAGUCACUCUUUGUCCCUUCUCUAUUUAGCGAUCCACUUGUGGGAGUGUGCUACGAUCAUGACAUAUUUCCGAUUGCCAUUCAUGAGUUGACAGAAGACAAUGAUGUGGCUGAUUGCCUGAGCCGCCUGACCAUUCAAAUGCAUGAAUGGGUUCUCGACGACUCUGUGUUUGCAGUAGGUAGGGCACACCGGCCAUAAACGUCUUUGUGACUCAGUUCAACGCAAAGUGCAAAAAGUUUUGCUCUCGAGUAGGGGGAGGCAACGGUUCUUAGGGUGAUGCCUUCAUGGUGACAUGGGAUGCUGUCCUUUUCUAUCUUUUCCCUCCUAUCCCUCUUAUUCAACGGACACUUGUCAGGAUCUGCCAGUUGUGAGCUGAUGCCAUCCUGGUAGCUCCAUGGUGGCCUUGUCAACCAUGGUUUACCACCCUCAAGACCAUCGUGUCCAAUUUCCUGAGAUUGCCUCCCCAGCCAUUCCACUCAGGACGGAGGCAAGGCCUGUCACCCCAACAUCGAGUUGCUCCAUCUCACAGUGCGGAGGAUUCUCCCAAUAUAAAGGAAGUGUUGGACAGAACUAGAAAGCCUUCGACCAAAUUGCUGGAUUCUUAUAAGUGGCCUGUUUUUACAAAGUUUGCUGAGUUCAGAGGUUUUGUGACUGUUCCAGCUUCCUUAGGUACUCUUCUUGCCUUCCUACGUUAUUUGUUUGAUCUGGGACUGGUACAUUCUACACUUAAAGUU